UUUUGUCACCGUACAAGGACAUGCUCGUGGUAGCAAAGGGAAUGCGCGUGAUAAAAUGACGAGGCAAAUUCACAGCCCUGCUCCAUUACAGAACAGUUUCACGUUACGAAACUGUCGGCGGUUUAUUGGGAUGUGCAUCCGACAUGUUUCAUAAAACCCUAAAAACGACGGAGCGACGCUGCUUUUUUCCCUCUGGCGUGAGACCGAGCCCCGAAACGGGGCAGCAAGGGGGGGACACAUUUCACGGUGGGGGCGCAGAGUGUGCCAUAACACCUGUAAACAGUGUUGAAACUCGUCGGAAGAUAAGCGCCCUGCCUCUUUUUUUCACGGCCGAGCCUACUUCCUGGUGCAUGAGGCAGCUCCUCGGCUAGUGUCGUAGUAAGAAGAGGGGCCAGCUGAAGUGUAGGUGGAGGCGGAUGUUGAUGGUCUGCAGUCGCGAUAGCUUUAGCACACUUGUGCUCCUUUGAAGAAGGGGGGGAACAAAAAAAUGGGAAGCACUGUGAUGGAGUCCAGCAAGGAGAACUCAAAGAAAAUGCCAAAGAAGAGGAGAAGUCUGAAGAUUAACAUGCCAGACUUGGGCGCAUUUAUGUCCUCGCAAGUGGAGACGAGUGGCUCAACCAAAAGUGGCGCCCACAAGGCAGAGCGUUGUGUCCGUUCAGCCAGCCCCACCAAAGGAGUGUCUGCCAGGAGCCCUGCCAGCGCCCUGCUGCCCCCAUGUCCCCAGUCUGCUCCAGUGCAGUUGAAGGCGAACUCAGGUUCACCCAAAACUAUCUUCCCCUAUCCCUCCCACCAAACCUCCUCACCCAAGUCUCCCCGCCGCCUUAGCUUUGGGGGUAUCUUUCGCUCAUCAUCUGGCUCCUCACCUACAGGCAUCAAAAUCUUCUCCAGAACCAGGAGAGCAUCUGGAAUCUCCACCCCACCAACCACCCCGACCCAGGUGGCCAGCCAGCCUGUUUUCACCCAGGACUCCCAGCAGAGCGGACACAGUCCUGAACGCCUGGAGCCGAGCUCCCGUUCCCGCUCCCUCUCCACGCCUCCUGACACAGGACAGCGCCUCAGCCUCCCCUCUGCUAAACCCCCGAUCCCUUCCUCGAGCCCCGUGCCAUCUUACUCUACCUCACAACAAGUUUACGGUUUAUUCGAAGGCAUGCUGGAGAAACUUGAACUAGACGAUGACGCGGCUGAACCUGAGAGUGAUAUUUACAUGCGCUUUAUGAAAUCCCACAAGUGCUACGACAUUGUCCCCACAAGCUCCAAGUUGGUUGUGUUCGACACCGCACUCCAAGUUAAGAAAGCUUUCUUUGCCUUGGUAGCCAACGGUGUACGAGCCGCUCCGCUGUGGGACACAGAGAAGCAGAGCUUUGUGGGAAUGCUGACAAUCACAGAUUUCAUCAUCAUACUACACAGAUACUACAAGUCACCGAUGGUGCAAAUUUAUGAAUUAGAGGAACAUAAGCUUGAGACGUGGAGAGAGGUUUAUCUUCAAGCAACAUUCAAACCUCUGGUCAACAUAUCACCUGAGGCAAGCCUAUUUGAAGCAGUGUACACCCUUAUCAAAAACAAAAUUCACCGCCUGCCUGUCAUCGACCCUGUCACAGGGAAUGCACUUUAUAUUCUCACACACAAGAGGAUCCUCAAGUUCCUCCAGCUCUUUAUGUGUGAAAUACCAAAGCCAGCUUUUAUGAAGCAGACUCUUGGGGAGCUGGGCAUUGGUUCAUACCACGACAUUGCUUUCAUCCACCCGGACACGCCCAUCAUAAAAGCACUUAACAUCUUUGUGGAGAGGCGAGUGUCUGCUUUGCCUGUGGUGGAUGACUCGGGCAAAGUUGUGGAUAUUUACUCCAAGUUCGACGUGAUUAACUUGGCUGCUGAGAAGACGUACAACAACCUGGACAUUACAGUGACACAGGCUCUGAAACAUCGCUCUCAGUACUUCGAAGGAGUCGUGAAGUGCCAUAAGAUGGAAACGAUGGAGACUAUUGUGGAUAGAAUAGUCAAAGCUGAAGUGCAUCGGUUAGUUGUAGUGGAUGAGCGCUCCAGCAUCGAGGGCAUUAUCUCCCUGUCAGACAUCCUCCAGGCCCUGGUGCUCAGCCCUGCAGGUAUGAAUGCAUACACAGAUUCAGAAAACAACACCAGCCCUUUCCAGACACAAUAGGUGCAACAACAGCAACCUCUCGUCUGGCAGCAAGGUCAGGUUCCAUCAAAUCUCUGGAGGGUCAUCCAUCGACUGGCCCGGCAAAAAAUGAGAUGACGGAGGAGUUUUUUGCAAGACUCAUUACGCAGUAAAUCCCCCUGUGUCAGCACUGCCAAACAGCUUGGAGCUGAGGACACUAAGCCCUUCACUACACUGUGACCAUACUGCAAUAGGCUACUGGGGAACAACAGCCACACAAGAGACAACAAUUUGGGAUUGGAAGUGAUAAAGCUCUGAAAAAUAUGUCCAAUCAGUACACAGACUUUUAGUGGGUGCAAUAACAAAGGUCUGACAUUUCAGUAGUGAUGUGUGGAUCGAUCCUCAAGUAUUGAUACUUCCAAUUCCAACAUUUCCUGUUCUAGGAUCGAUUACCAAGUUAAAAUGUUGAUAUUUAAAAUAACUGGGCUAAUGUGAGCAAAAUGUAUAUUGUAGACAGUAACUAUCUUAUCCAGGACAGCCAAAAUUAUACCUAGUCGAUAGAAACCACUUCUCCUUUCACUUGUCACAGUCAUAUAUGCAAACUACGGUUUUGUAAAUGUGUGAGAUGACAACCAAGAUGACAUGUAAAGGGUUCUUGUAUGAAUGUAGUAUGGAUGUAAUCCCACCGCCAACAGUUCAGUAUCUGGGCUGCAGAAACGUCCCUUCACAGUUUGUGAGCAGGGUGACACCAUUUGUUGUUAAACAUGGCAGAUUCACCUUAUAUCUCCUCUCCUUCAUCAGCCUUUGUUAUCUGGACCCAUCACCUUUCCCUUGUUUUGUUGAACAGGGUAUUGUAUCAGUGAUACCAGCCUGAAUUUUACUUGGUAUCAGACUGGAAAGGAAACAAAUGCUAUCGCACAUCACUACAUUUCUGAUGCUCAUUCUCUUUGUGGUGGAGAGUUAGAUGAAACGAUUAAUAGCUGGUUUGCUUAGGUGAGCAUAAAGACUGGAAACAGCCAGUUUGGCUCUGUCCAAAGGUAACAAAAUCCCUUUAUAUCUUCACAGAGACUCCAGGAAGUUACUGGUCCCAGCCAAGGGACCAGUAACUUCAACAUUUGUACAUAUUCGACAAACACAAUACAACAUGUUAAUUACAGGUGGUAAGCAAUUGCAUUACUGUUUCCUGUCUUUGUGCUAGGAUAAGCUAACUGGCAGCUGGCUGUAGCCUUUCAUUUAGCCAGCUAAUGGAAAAACAAGACAGUGGUAUCCUGUCAUCUAAUGCUCUGCCAGAAAAUUAACACAAAAUAACAUAUUUCCAAAAUUGUUUGGAAAAACGUCACAUUUUCUUUUGGUCUAGUUUCUCUAAUUACCAUAAUUCAUUAUGGUAACUAUGGAAUAAUAUCUGUCUGUCUGAUAAAGACAGCUCAAGAGGUAGUCCUGACAUGAAACAAAGGACAUGAGGAAAUUUUUCUUUUAUUUGUGCCUCCACUUGAGUUUCCCUAAAGACUCAAAUUUCAACUUUCAACAUUCAUUACAUUGGACUGUGUAAGGGGAGAAACGAUUUUGAUGCUGGGUGCUACCCUAAAGGCUCAUAAAUAUUCAAAUGUGCAUCAGCAGCAUUUGUGUGUUUACAAAACAGAGCGCUCUCCCGUGGGAGUGAGCCUGUUCCACUGGAUCAUGAAACGUGAACACCAGUAAAUCACCCACACUCCUCACAACAUUGUUUUUUUAUUGUCUCCAUUAUUCAUUGUCUAAACCAUCAGAUAAAUGAGGAGUGUAACUUUACACAUGAGACUUUGGUUUCUUCAGAGAUAAAUAAUGGUUCAGAAAACUUGUUUUUUUAUCCCAUAAUGGACGCAGGAGGAGGAGGAGGAGCGCUAUUGCAGUUAAACCAUCCGAUUUGUGAAGAAGCAUCUAGUUUUUCUGUGAUUUUUGAAAUUGGAAAACAUUUUUGAUCUCCUCGUUUAACCUUGAUUGAGCGAUUAUAUGAACAUUGCAGGCUGUUUAUUCUUGUUGAGCACAGAGUUUUGUUGAGCAGCUUUGAUCCAGCAUGAAAUGAAGGACUGGGUGACCUUGCAGGCUCAGAGGACCAAGUUUGAGGGGAUGGAUGCAGACUCUUUGCUUUCCUGUCGCCUCCUCUCCUCCCACAUUCCCGUUUAUCAGCACCUCUGCACACUGUACAGAAGCUCAAAGUGUAUCAUUUACAACCACUCACUUCUGCAUGCAGAGCAAAGAGACAUCAAAGCAAAGGGAAAGCCACAGAGAGACAAUCCCUUUUCUCUCACCAUAAAUCAGACAUUAUCUUCAUCUGAGACAAUAUGUUCUUUCAUUCUUUCAAAUAACCCAGUCCUGUGAUUUUGACCUUGAAACUUGUUUCAACCUCAAAAACUGAUCCAAUAUCCUUUACAAACUGCCAAAAGUGAACACAAUGGCUUCCUCAAAUAGAUACAAUGCAGCUAAAAGGGGACAUCUGCCUUGUCUGAGGAUGUCUGCGCUGAGACCGUUCGGCCCUCAGCAGAGGAUGAAGUGACAGAGCUGAGCCGGACAGAAGGGGCACAACUCCUGUGCUGCUAUAAAUACCAAGAGGCCUAAUCUGGGCUGCCCAAUCUAAUAAAACUACUCUCAUCUCUGCUGCUCGGCCCAUUUCAAAGGCCACCAAUGACAUGUGAGAGCAGAGGAGACUGGAAAACAGCCACUGAGUCAUCAUCCACACGUGUGGAGGCCGGGCAUGUUUGGAGCACAUUAAAGCAGGCUUGAGUGGUUUUCCAGGAUGUCUACCACUUGGUUGUGUAAUAGCUCCAUGUUCUCUCCAUGAAAGCCACACACAGUACAUUGAAUGUUUCAGUAACAUGUUUGUGGGUUCAAAAAUCCAUGUAAACAGCAUGGAAGCCAAUAAGCUGCAGAGUGUUUUCUGAGAUAAUUGUGCGAAACGCUCCGCCCUGGGUUGUUUUGUUCAAAUUUUGCACUCAGGAAUGCAAAGGCACUUGAAUAAAGUGCCACUUGGUAAGGGAAAGUAUUUCAAACAUGCAGAAGUGCUCAGCAGACAAAACACCAAGACUCUGGUUCACAGGCACUCCUACAUUUGAGGUUAAUGAUUAGACACAGAAGUAAAACUUUCACAUUUCAAACUGCUUUGUCAGCUUUAAAUCAGCAUUGGAUUGCUGUGUACAGGAACCAGAGUGUCUCUUAUCUUGCCUAAACAAGCGAGCACGAAAUCCCCAUAGCUGACUAGUUCAGAUAGAAAACUCGGAAAAAGAAUGUGGGAACCAGUAGCUUCCCAGGUGGCCUGUUGCUCCUCUUGUGAAAAACACAGCUCAUGGGAGAGGUUCAUUUCCUAUAUCAGGGGCAGCACGCUGUUUCAAGCCAUAAAAGUCAGAUUCAGUGAACCCCUGAGACCUUGAGACCACACAACCACCAUCUCAACAGGCAACUCCAGAAAUAGAUGGACUGAUCUGAGCCACAAACGACUACUGUUCGGUAUAUGGCGUAAUGAAUGCGAUGUUUGGGAACACCAUCUGCAGGGGGGGGUUCAUCCUUGAUGUGAAGCACAUGUGGUGGCUCACUGUUCUGAACUUACCCAAGAAGUAACAUCAUUUGGUUUUGGAUUACACCUUGAAAUGAUGCAUUCAGCUUUUCCAUUGUGGUGGUUUUGUGGGCUGGCGUCCGAGUUUUUUUUUCUUUUAAGCUUUGGUGUAAAAGAAUUACGUAAUCCUGAUGUUCAAAAAAGGGCUUUUCAGAUAGUGAUGACUGGAUAGGUCCUUGUAAAAGACCUCAACAGUUCAGUUAGUGUUAAGUCACUUCCUGUGCCAGAUGCUGCAGGGAUGACAUCACUGUCUGGUUUGAGACUAUGACUUCUCUGUGGUAAAGCCAAGUAUGGUUAAAUCACAGACUCUGUGUGGGUAACUAGGGAAGGACUAGAAGCAAGCCAAACAUGUAGUCAUACUAAUACCGUGGAGAAAGGGAGGGGAAGCAGCAGGGGAAAGCUACAGUUGUUUAGACACUGUAACUAAGAGAUUUGUAUUUGUUUUGAACCAUUAACUGACUCCUAAAUCUUUGCCUCAAGUCUAAAAGAAAGCAAACCGUAUCGAAGGGGGAAGUUUUAUGUUACAAAAGGCGGCAAUGUUCAGAUUUUUUUUUUCCUUUGAUGAAAUCCCAAGUUAUUCCCAUAAUUUAGGAAGCACUGCCAAACAUGUCAAGCAUAAUAUCAUCUAACAGAGAAUUAAACAUCUCAGACGAUCAAAGCUAGAUGCCCAGCACGCGUAGUUUCACGUUUCGUGCAAGAGACGUCUUGUUAAGUAAAAAAAACACUUGUCAAUUUUGGGAACAAGAUAUUAGAGCGGUUUACGUGAUUGGAGUACACGGGACAAGGUUUCAGGUUAAACUGCUCUCAGUGUACUCAUGUAAAGGGCACACAGAGAACUGUGAGCAUCUCAGAUGUCCAAUAAUGCCAGAGAGGUGCAGCUCCCACAGGAACAGCUUUGAAGUGGCUUCCAACCUUUUUGGCAUGUGGCCCCUUGAAAAAAAGCUGUGUCUAGUUGGCGCACCUUGUCACAUUGCAGCAGAAAAGAAAAAUUUCUUCUCUAAACUUCUCAGCUGGUUGAAUUUAAUUACCAGUUUAAGCCACAAAGAUGGCAUAUUUCCAAAAACAGAAUAAAGAGAAAAUGAAGACGUGUAGCUCCCUCUCCCAUUAAUCAUCUUAAAAGCUCUUAGAUUUAUAAUGUGACCCUUUGGUGGGGCUGACCCUGAGUAUAUGAAUCCCUGGACUAAACUAUCUAAAGUAGUAGCUCCAUCUCAACCAGCUACAAGAUUACAAUCAGCCACAUGGACAACCUUUCCACAUAGAGCACUUUUCAUUUGAGCAAGUACAUUUAGCUGAUAACACUUCUACCUAUUGUAAGGCUUUUAAUGUAAUGGGGUAACUAAACUUCUGAAUACUUCUUCCACCACUGUCUAUUGUUGCAUACUUGCGUCAGGGGAUUUAAAAAAUAAGCUAUCAUGUGAGAAGACAAAACAAGACUCAGCAGCUUUCCCACAGGCUGAGCAAUGAAACUGUCAAAGACAUGACAUAACGUCUCUGUCCUGCAUGAAGCAGGAGGGCAUUUUGAAACAGAGGAAGGGGAAGCAAUAAUUAUUCUUACACAAUUCACCUUCCUGCUAAAAAAAAAAAAAUAGCAUGUACUAGGUGCUUUCUCUCUGAUGUUCUGCUCUACUAAAAGAAAUCUCAGAAUGAACUUAUGAAAACCACCCCCUUUUCCCUUUUUCAGGCUGGGUAAAGUUCAAUGGCCUCUCUCUGUCAACCAGCUGAUUUUCAUCCAGGCUGGGGGAGAGGAAUGAGAGGAAUGCAUUGAUGUGUAUAAACAAACAACUGUGCUGUGUGCAGCUGAGGCGCGUGAUAUCCAGAGGAAUGGAUGUUGAGAUAACCAAGGAGACUGCAAGGAACAUAGUGUUCACCACUGACUUGCAUUAUGUAAUAAAAUAACUACACCCCAACCCAUCCCAGAAAUAGAUGAGACGUGGUGGACAUUACUUUUAUUCCUGGUCCUUUAUCCUUUCUUUAGUGAGUUCAGUGUGACUCAGAGAGACCUUGGUGUGAGGUAUGUUGAGCAGCAUGCUUUAAAAAGGCCGAUUGUUUGAACUAUCUGUAGCAGGUUGGCUCACUCGAAGCUGUGUGACCUUCCCUGCCUGUAUGCAGAGAAAGUGAAACAAGCACAGCCUACCUGAUGAAUGAUAAAAAGUUGCCUAUUGUGACAUUGAAGGUCUGGUGUGAAAAUGUGCAGAAAGCUAAUAAGGCAUGUCAGCUUCAUAAUAGAGUUUCUUUUUUUGGUAUUUUCUCUCUGGAAUAAUCCAUGGAAAAUGUCAUUAGUGGUGUUCAGUGACUGCCUGUUGUGAGCUCAAAAGCCUUGAUACUGGUGUGUGCUAAAGAUGUGAAAAUACUGCAUCAAACUGGGACUUUAAAGCAUAUGGGGAAAUGUAAAUGACGUGGGAAGUUUUGAAAGGGUUUUUUUUUUGUUUAUAUUUUGUGCUAUGUAAUGCCCAUGUGGAUUUUUCACGAGUACAUUCCUCUGCUUUCCAGUCAGCAGAUGGAUCAGCUGAGAAUCAGAUGAUAGUUGAGUCAGAUGACUUUAAUAGUUGAGUUUAUCCAAGUUUGCUCUAUAAAUAUCUAUGGAGUGAACUAAUCCUGCUCUUCUUAACAGCAUGAAAUCCAAGUAAAUAAAAACCAUUUAACCUACUAGCUCCAUUUUGCUUUGGUCUUUCAGUCUGAUCAUACUUUGUUGACCAUCCAUUCUUUUUUAACUUGUCAGUCUUGACCUGGCUGCAGUGCAUGUGACAGUAGGACUCACCUGCCUGUUUAUACCUUUAUAAGCCUCCUCUGCUUGAUUGCUCUUCCACCUCUCCUCCUCCUCUACAACCCUGUUAGCCUCAUCUGCAGAUCAAAGACACCUUGUGAAGUCCAGCCAUUUCAUUUCAUUCCAGGAAUAUCUUGUAUCCCCCUGUCUGCCCUGGAAGGCACAAUAAUGAAUUCAUUUAAAUCUGGAAAUAUUGUAGGUCAAGGGGUCUGACUGCCAGUCCCAGUAGACAAGGUAGGAUCAGAAAAGAGUUUGCACAUCUAGCUCAUAAUUUGACACAGUGUUUUACAGUGGUAUACUGAAAUUCUGUUGAUGGAAAGGAAGGAAAAUAGAUCCUUUCUUCUUCGUCCUUCAACAACUAUUUCAGCACAGAGUGUCAUAAAAUGUGAAAGAUAAAUGAAGCAUUUUAUAGUUCAAUUUGCAGAGUUGAUUAAACUUCUGGCCAUUACUCUUAUGGAUACGCGCCUCGUCUAGAUGCGUCGGAGUUAACACUCCUCUAUAAAGCAACAUGGCACCUGACAUAACUCAAUCCAGGCAUCAUAAAAAUUAGCUCUGACAUGUAAGUCACAAGACGAUGCAUCCCGAGGACACAGACGGGCAUAACUCAUCACUAUAUUGUCAAAACAUACCAGAAAAUGCUGAACAAAAUACCACAGGAGAAGAGGAAUCACUGUCAGUUCCCCUGUUUUCAGUUCUCCCCAAUUGCUUUGAAGUAUCUAUCAUUGUUUGAAACUGUAGUGACAGCUCAACAACCAAUUUAAGACAACUCCUUCGAAGCAGAGCCACUGAAAUGGAUGGAAUAUAACACCGUGGCAAUACUAGAUAUGUCCCUGCUGAUGGGAUAAUCCAGUUAGAAGUAGCAUGUAGCCGUCCUCUGAAAGCAGCAGGGGUUAUCAGUGACAGCAACAAAAUGUCUGUUUAAUGCAGCGUGCUGACAGAAUUUGGUUGUAAAUUUGAGAAGACAUCAAGAGUACAAGAUGGUGAGGAGUUUUAUGAACACUGCUCUGAAACAUUGGGUAAAAGCAGAACAUUCCCUUGGCGAAGCUCAGGAACGUCAUGGGUUUUCUCUGUGCUUCAAACCUGAUCAGUUGACACCAAAGGGUGAAUCCAAGUAUAUGAGCUCUGCCACAAGUGAGAUCCAGCAUGAAAUGAAGGACUGGGUGACCUUCUCCUCUGCUCACAUCAUAAAAGUGCUAAAACAUCUCACCAAGGUCUCACUGCAGAGAUACUUUUCCCUUCAGCAUGAAUUGCGAUAAAUCACCUGCUUAUACAACCUGACAUGCUCAUCCUCUGGUCCACUGCGUUAAUUGACUCUUUGCUCAGAGAUACCAACACAAACCAUCGGAAACACUCAAUCAAUACAAAAUGGUCAAAGUGAUAUUUGAGCAACGGCUGACCUCACUCAGAGCUGACUGAAACAGAUCAGAUUUCCUGAGGGUUAUUUGCCCUCUGCCAAAAAAAAAAAAUCACACUAGAGAAGGGGUGUGCAGAAUUAUUUACCCCAGACCUCCAUGGAUGAGGAAGAGAAAUCUGUUUACCAUUAUCUGGCUCUUGUCAUUUUUUUGGGAGGGCAUGUACUCAGCAUUUCAGAGAACAGCCAAUAAUGGCGUGGUAUUUGUUAAUGGCCAGUGCUCUGGCUAGCGCCGGGAAAUCCCAGUAGAGAUGGUAGAUGGUGUGUGUCUGUCUGUGUGUGUUUGUGUGGUGAGGCUGAAUGGCACAGCUAACAGGAAGCUAGGCACCCCGGGGCCAUCUGCUCCCUGCCAUGGCUCACAUGUCACCCUGUGACAACACAGCAUUAUUGAUUCACACUACCACAUCCGCUUCUGUGUGUACACGCUGAUGUGCCACAGUAUAUGUGUAUGCAUAUGCGUGAGAGUGUAUACAGUCAAUUUGUGGACAGCAAAUAAGUGAUUUGCACCAGUACAUCCUCCUCUGUGUUUGCCUGUCUGUGUGUGAUAUAUGAAGUUUAUAAACUGACCCAAAUCCCAAAAACAAAUUUUCCCACUUACCCUUGCGGUAUCUAUCAAUGCAGAUUGUUUCACAUUUGUAAGGUUUUCAACCUGCCCUAAUCCAUUAUUGAUAGAAUGGCUAUGUGCCAUGUAAAAGGUGUCGCUUGAAGUGACGAGAACAAAGAAUUAUCACCUUAUUCUGCUGAAGACCCACAUAUAUUUUCUCAGUGAUGACCAGAACAGAGCUAAAGGGAGAGUAACUAUUGCACCAGAAACAUGAGUAGAAUGAAUGCUAAUGUUCCGUGUGUGCUAAAUGUGAAAACAACCACUAGCCAAUAGCUAAUUGUAUCAGUGUUGCAUAUAUAGCUAGUUAGCUGUCCCAAAGUGACCAAAACAUUGUUAAAUACUGCUUUACAAUCUCUUCUGUUGAGUUUCAACCACAAUACAGUGGAAGUGCACGAAAACGCAUUUGCACUCAACAAAAAAUAUAAUAAUUUUAAAAGCCCUACACUGGUGUUUCUUACCAGAAAC